AAAAAAACUACAACCAGAUAAAAAAUGGACCCCAGCGAUGUCGGCUUUGAUUUUAGUGAAUUUUCGUCGGAAUUUGAUAAAAACUUUAAAGAAAAUGCAAUAAACCUUAAGGAGCUGUGCAUAACCAGAUCGAUAGUAAAGCCUGCUGAUUUCUUCAAGAAUCUGCAGCAACACAUGCAGGAUGAGGCGUCCCAAACGACACCUACCAAAAAACUUGGCACAGUGGCAGAGUAUGCGGAGUUAUUUAAAGUACUGGAUACGUAUCCAAGCAACUUGCAACGUAUAAGCAAGAAGCGUGAACUGCAACGUGCCAAUUCCACAAUACUCAAAGGAAACGAUACAACCACACAGGAUCAGACAACCAUUAACACAUCGAGUCCCUCUUUAUCCUUGAACAUUACCCGGCAGGAGGACGAGCGCACAGCCGCAGAAGUGUAUACAGAUUUUAAGAACUUUCAACAGAAGCUGCGAAAUGUCUACGAGGAGACAGCUGCUCUAAAAAAUCGACAAUCGGAAUACAUGGGAAUGAUCAACCAGUUACAGAACUUCACUCAGCAGCUGGAAAAGCUUAUGCCCGGACAGCGCGAGGCACCAGAUGCCUUUACAGCCAGCGAAGAGGCCAAUCUGGUUGGCAUUGCCGAGAAUCUGAAGCAACUCAACUAUAUGCGGACGAACAGCCUUUCCAAAGUGGCCAAUCCCAGAGAGACUGCCGUUGCACGCCUGGAAAUAUUAGUUGAUAUCCUCACCUACACGCUAUUGCAAAUAAGUUGCUACAACAAUGCUUAAUUCUAUAAGUUAAUUUGUAAUUUAUUCGUUUUAAAUAUAUAUUUGCGGUUAAUA